AUGACACCAAAUGGUUCUGAUAAUUUUGAAGACAGGCAUAGAGAUGAUGGAGAAGAGAUGCACAUGGACGAUCGUGAAAAUAGACGAAGUAUGAGAAGUUCCCGUUCUAGAAGCCCUCAUCGAUCUAGGUCACCUAGAGAAAGAAGUAGGGAUGAAGAAACUAAUUCUGGUAAUAGUUUAUUUGUUACUGGUUUAUCUGUAAGAACUAGUGAUCGUGACUUGGAUGAAUUUUUCUCAAAAUAUGGAAAGGUAAUAAAAACUCAAAUUAUGUAUGAUCCUCAUACUAGAGAAUCACGUGGAUUCGGUUUUGUUGCAAUGGAGACAUCUGAAGAAGCUGAUUCAGCAAAAGAAGCCGUUAAUGGUAGAGAAUUUCAAGAACCACGCCGGGUUGAUAGAUUUGAUCCAAGAUAUGAUUAUACUAGAUCUUAUGAUAGAUAUGAUAGGCCACCAAGGAAUUAUGGGCGUGAACCCUAUUAUGAUCGUGGAUAUGAUAGGUCUUACUAUGAUAGAGGUUAUGAAAGAGGAGGAGGAUACGAAAGAAAUUAUGAUAGAGCCUAUGAAAGAGGAUAUGAUCGAGAUCGACGACCACAACCCCCUGCAAGAUAUGACCCUUAUCAAAGACCUCGUUCACCAUACUAG